UAGUAUAGCCUACACUACAGUGCAAGCUAUCUCCUUCUUCAUCGUCACCUCAAACCCAAAAACCCCUUUUAAUUCCCAUAUUAAUUGGCUUCAAUUUUUCGCUAGGGUUUUCCAGACUUUGAAAUUUCAAGUAAAAAAGAACAAUGAAAAAUCUGAAGCUUUAUUCCGAGAUUACAUCGAAUCUUCAGUUACAAUCAGAAGGCGAAGUAUUACUGUUCUCUGCUUACGACAUUGAAAGAAAUCGCUUCUUCUUUGCUUCUUCGUAUAAUCUUAUUUACACACUCCAUCUUUCUUCUCUCCAAAAUGAGCGAGCAUGGACGAAAGGUCCUUUACAAGCAGAAAUUGAUCCAUUGGAUUUGGAGCCUGAGGAUGUCAUUACCUCCUUUGAUUAUCUAAUGGAGAAAGAAGCACUGAUAGUGGGCACUUCUAAUGGACUGUUACUGCUGCAUAACGUGGAUGGAAAGGAAACGGAAGUUGUUGGUCGAGUUGAAGGUGGAGUCAAGUGCAUUUCACCUAGUCCUGAUGGAGACUUGCUAGGUGUAACUACUGGUUUAGGGCAACUACUGGUGAUGACUCAUGAUUGGGAUUUGUUGUACGAGACUGCUUUGGAGGACCAACCUGAUGGAGUUGACGUACGUGAACCAAAAUUUCCAUCUGGAGAAAUGUUUGGCAGCCCCAUCACAUGGAGAGGUGAUGGGAAGCACUUUGCCACUCUAAGCGAGGUGUUGAAUUCUUCGAGUAAGAGGCUUAAGGUCUGGGAACGGGAUGGUGGAGCUGUACAUGCUUCCUCUGAACCAAAGGAAUUAAUGGGGUCUAUUCUGGACUGGAUGCCUAGUGGAGCAAAGAUUGCUGCCGUUUGUGACAGGAAGGCACAGAACGAAGGUCCAUCAAUAGUUUUCUUUGAAAGAAAUGGGUUAGAAAGAAGCUCGUUUCUCAUUGGUGAACCAAUUGACGCAACUGUAGAACAUCUGAAGUGGAAUUGCAGUUCUGAUCUUCUUGCAGCUGUUGUUAGAUGUGGAAAUUAUGAUUCUGUGAAGAUCUGGUUUUUCAGCAACAAUCAUUGGUAUCUAAAGCAUGAAAUCAAAUACUCGAGGAAAGAUGGUGUUAGAUUCAUGUGGGAUCCAACAAAGUCACAGCAAUUAAUUUGUUGGUCUCUUGAUGGACAAGUCACAGUUUACAAGUUCUUUUGGGUUACAGCCGUCACGGAUGAAUCAAACGCUUUAGUUAUUGAUGGCUCUAAGAUACUUGUGACCCCUCUUCCUGUGUUCUUAAUGCCACCUCCUAUGUAUUUAUUCAGCCUUAAUUUUCCAAGUGCUGUUCGGGAAGUGGCUUUUUAUUCCAUGAAUGGUAAGAACCGCUUGGCUGCAUUGUUAUCAAAUGGUUGUCUGUGUGUUGCAGAGCUUCCAACACCUGACACUUGGGAAUCUCUAGAAGGCAAAGAAUUUAGUGUGGAACCAUGUGCAUCUGCAAUCCCAUUGGGAUCCUUUGUACAUCUUAUAUGGCUGGAUCCACAUGUGCUUCUUGCUGUUUCUCAUCAUGGAUUCAAUCACAGCAACUGUUAUUUCCAACCCUCUUCAAACGAGGAUAGGCUUCUUGGUUUCUAUUUGCAGGAGAUCGAGCUCUCUUGUUCUGAAGAUAAUGUCCCAGGUCUACUGACAUGCUCUGGUUGGCAUGCAAAAGUUUCAUAUCGAAAUUUGUUGGAAGGACUUGUAAUCGGUGUUGCUCCCAAUCCUGCUAAAAGAAGCUCAGCUUUUGUUCAGUUUGAUGGUGGAGAAGUUUUUGAGUAUACAUCUAAGUUGGGAAUUAACAAACUCGAUUUUAAACAUGAUGAGUUAAGGUUUUCUUCAUCUUGCUCCUGGAUGAAUGUGGUUCUAGUUGGUGUCACUGAACCAUCAAAGCUUUUGCUUUUUGGUCUUGAUGAUAUGGGUAGGCUGCACGUCGGUAGGAAAAUAUUAUGCAGCAAUUGCAGCAGUUUCUCAUUUUACUCUAAUUUAGCUGACAAUGUAAUCACACAUUUGAUCCUUGCAACAAAACAAGAUUUGCUCUUUAUUGUUGACAUCGGUGAUAUAUUGCAUGGAGAACUUGAAUUAACAUAUGAAAACUUUAUCCAUGUUGGUAACAAACGAAGGGAAGAGGAGAAUAUUAACUUCAUAAAUAUUUGGGAAAGAGGGGCCAAAGUUGUUGGUGUUUUGCAUGGAGAUGAAGCUGCUGUUAUAUUGCAAACAAAUCGUGGAAAUCUGGAGUGCAUCUAUCCAAGAAAAUUGGUGCUAGCCUCAAUUGUCAAUGCUUUGAACCAAAGACGCUUUAGGGAUGCACUUCUUAUGGUUAGGCGGCACAGGAUUGAUUUUAAUGUGAUUGUUGAUUAUUGUGGGUUGCAAGUGUUUAUUCAAUUAGCUUCCGAGUUUGUCAAGCAGGUCAAAAAUUUGAGUUACAUAACUGACUUUGUUUGUGCUAUUAAACAUGAAAAUGUGACGGAGAAACUUUACAAAAAGUUUCUCUCUCCACCUAGCUGCAAGGAGCAAAAGGAUCUGUUAACUAAUGAUUUCAAGGGUUCUGAUGCUAGUUUAGAUGCAAAUAACAAGGUCUCAUUGGUGCUUCUGGCCAUAAGAAGGGCUCUUGAUGAACAAGUACCCGAAAGUCCUGCAAGGGAGCUCUGUAUUUUGACCACUCUGGCUCGUAGUGAUCCCCCUGCUCUUGAAGAGGCUUUGGAGAGGGUAAAAGUAAUCCGGGAGAUGGAGUUAUCAGGUUCUGACGACCCAAGACAAGUAAAUUUCCCUUCUGCUGAAGAAGCUCUAAAACAUCUACUGUGGUUAUCAGAUCCAGAGGCUGUCUUUGAAGCUGCUUUAGGUCUUUAUGAUUUGAACCUUGCAGCUAUUGUGGCUCUGAACUCUCAGCGGGACCCUAAGGAAUUUCUUCCCUUUCUCCAGGAAUUGGAACGUAUGCCUGAUCUCUUGAUGCGCUAUAAUAUUGACCUUAGGCUGCACAGGUUUGAGAAGGCUCUCAAACACAUUGUAUCCGCAGGUGACAGCCAUUUCUUUGAUUGCAUGAACCUUAUGAAGAAAAACCCUCAACUUUUUCCUCUAGGACUUCAGCUGAUAACUGAUAAUACAAAAAGAGGGCAAGUACUUGAGGCUUGGGGAGAUCAUCUUAGUGAUGAAAAAUGCUUUGAAGAUGCUGCUGCCACUUACUUGUGUUGCACCAAUUUGCAAAAGGCUUUGAAGGCAUAUCGUGAAUGUGGUCAUUGGAGUGGCAUGCUGACAGUAGCCGGGCUUAUGAAGCUAGAAAAGAAUGAGGUAUUGCAACUGGCUCAUGAGCUUUCUGAAGAACUCCAAGCCCUUGGUAAACCUGGAGAAGCUGCCAAGAUUGCUUUGGAGUACUGUGGGGAUAUUAAUGGUGGGAUUAAUUUGCUCAUCAGUGCAAGGGACUGGGAAGAGGCUUUGAGGGUUGCUUUUUUGCAUAGCAGAGAGGAUUUAGUCUCGGUAGUGAAAAAUGCAGCGCUUGAAUGUGCGAGCAGCCUAAUAGAUGAAUAUAAAGAAGGGCUUGAAAAAGUGGGGAAAUAUUUGGCUCGCUAUUUAGCUGUUCGACAAAGAAGGUUGCUGCUUGCAGCAAAGCUGCAAUCAGAGGAAAGGUCGAUAAAUGAUCUUGAUGAUGAUACUGCUUCAGAAGCUAGUAGUACAUUCAGUGCAAUGAGUGUCUACACAAAAGGCACAAGAAAAAGCUCUGCUGCUUCAACUGCCUCAACCACAGCUAGCAGGGCAAGAGAUACCAGACGUCAGCGAAGUAGAGGAAAAAUUCGUCCUGGAAGCCCGGGUGAGGAGAUGGCUCUUGUGGAACAUUUGAAAGGCAUGUCCCUAACAGCUAGAGCAAAGCAGGAACUGAAGUCCUUGCUGGUUUCUCUUGUAAUGCUUGGUGAGGAAGAAACUGCACGGAAAUUGCAACAUGUGGGAGAGAACUUUCAACUUCCUCACAUGGCAGCAGUCAGACUAGCUGAUGAUACAUUGUCUGAUGAUACCAUAAAUGAGCAUGGACAUACUUUGGAGUGUUAUCUCCAGAAAGUAAAGACUGAACUUAAGGAUUCAGAUGCUUUUUCAUGGCGCUGUCGAGUAUUCGUUUCUCCUUGACAGGCAUAAAGGAACUGUAUACACCAUAGCUGCUAUGCAUUUUGAGAUUGGGAAGUUCAGGAGAUAGUGCAGGCAUUGGAUUAUUUAUUCUAUGGAAGAAGCCUUUCAAAAUCACCAUUGGGAUUUUGUAUUUGUACCAGUAGCUUGCUUGAUUAUGUUUUUGUUUUGAGUUCUGCUAAUAGAUGGCUAAUUAGGGCUUUGUACUUUCAGUUUUUUUUUUUACUUUAGUUGGAAUCAAAUUGUCUACUAUAACACGGUUUGUCUUUGA